CGUGUCUUGCAAGAUGGAGUUCUCGCGCGAUUAUCUUAGUUCUGAUUUCCUUCAUGAUCUUCUUCAUAAACACAACUUGAUGAUAUUUAGCUUGUAUGUUAUUAUAGGGUUUAUUCUUCUGUCAAUUGUUAUAUUCUGCACUCUGUUUGUGUACGAACAUUUCUUUUGGGAAAAAAAAAUAAAAGACGUCAGGAAGAAGCACGUUGUCGUGACCGGUGGCUCCAGCGGUAUUGGAAAAUGUAUGGCGAUUCUCGCUGCAAAGAAAGGAGCAAACGUCACGAUAAUUGCGAGAAAUGUGGAGAAUUUGGAGAAGGCUAAACAUGAAAUACUGCAAGCGUGUGAGAACAAAGAUACACAAAGGGUAGAGUAUCUUCCUUUAGACAUUGGAGCAGAUUAUGAAACCGUCGAGAAAGCACUGGCCGAUCUGGAGAAUGAUAUGGGACCUAUUUACAUGCUUGUAAAUUGUGCUGGUCUUGCAAUCGCAGGCAAAAUAGAAGACACCACCCCAAAGUCUCUGGAUAUAAUGAUGCGCACGAAUUUCUUAGGUACAUAUUACUGCAUUAAAGCUGUCACGCCAAGAAUGAAAGCUUCCAAAGAAGGAGUGAUUGUACUUGUGUCAUCUCAAGGUGGUCUCCUAGGUAUCUUUGGAUAUACCGCUUACUGCAGCACAAAAUUCGCACUUCGUGGCUUGGCAGAGAGUUUAGCAAUGGAAUUACAGCCGUAUAACAUUUCUGUCACUUUGUGUUUACCACCGGAUACAGACACACCUGGUUAUGCCACCGAAGAGCUGUCGAAACCGAUAGAAACAAAAGCCAUAUCACAAAUGGCAAAUUUAGUGCAGCCCGAGGUCGUUGCAGAGAAGGCUUUCGAGGAUGCGCUGGCAAGAAAUUUCUUCUCUGCUGUUGGUUUCGAAGGUUUCAUUAUGACGACGUUGUGUGCGGGAAUGUCACCGGUCAAAUUGUUUCGCCAGCUGUUUGUACAAGUUCUGCUGAUGGGUCCGUUGAGACUUAUCGGUAUAGUUUACCUCUUCAUCUUCCAAAGAAUCAUUGCACAAUGCAAGCAAUAUACGAAUUCUGAAAACAUAAAAAAGGUUAAGUGAGAAAAAAGGUUCCUUAUAAUAUUCUGUGAUCUAUAAUUUAAAAAGAAAGAUUUC